CGGAGCGCUGGCAUUCCGCACAUUCCGGGCCCGGCGCACAAUCAGAUCGCAGUUAUUUAUUAGCGCGGCGGGUUGGACGUGCGGCUCAGUCUGAACCGCGGCACCGUCAGCAGCGCAAGGCCAGGAGCCUCACCGAUACAUACGUACUCUGUGGAUUAUUUCGGAUGAUACGGAAAUUUAAUAUUUACGGACCUUGACCUCCGGAUCUGUCAUGAACGUUUGAAUUGAUUCCUACUGAUCCCGGAACUAUAUCUGUAAUUUGUCGACUUCAAUCACGAGUGAGAUGAGAACAGCCGAGGACUCGACCAGCACGGUCCUGCACCGCCUGAUCCAGGAGCAGCUGCGCUACGGGAAUCCUACGGACACCCGCACGCUGCUCGCCAUCCAGCAGCAGGCACUGCGUGGGGCAGGGAGUGCUCGGUCCUCACUGGAGAGCCUCUCCCUGGAGGAGGGCCCCCAGUUCCUCCAGCUGUCCGUGCGUCAGGAACCGCAGGGGCAGGAGCACCAGGGUGACUGUCAUCAUUCGGAGAGCGGCUGCCAGCUGUACCAGCUCCACAGCGAGGAGCUACCCACCUACGAGGAGGCCAAGGCCCACUCCCAGUACCUGGCCUCCCAGCACGGCCAGAUGGGCCUCCAGCAAGCCGUCAUGCCGCUGUCGGGCAGGAACCUCCAGGACGAUGGUCUGCAGGAGCUGAAGAGGGGCCACGUGCGCUCCCUCAGCGAGCGCCUCCUUCAGCUCUCCCUGGAGCGGAACGGCAGCCGGGCUAACGUGGCCAUGAGCUCCUCUCACAGCUAUCCCCAGCUGCCCGGACACCACCUCCCCCAUCCCAGCCACGCUCCUCACCAGCCCGGCCCACCUCCGGAGUACCCCGCACAGUCUUUGGGAUACGUGCUCGGCUUUCCCAGGGAGCGAGGGCAACACUGCCCGGACUCGCACCCGCUGAGCUCCCAGCACUACAGGUACAUGCAGGUGCAGCAGGCAGGCCGCCAUGUUGGCAUGGAGCCCGUCGCCCGCGGGUCUCUGAACGGCGACCACAUCGUCCAGAUGGAGGCGCUGGUGGCCGAGAAUGAGCGGCUGAAGGGGGAACUGGAAGGCUACAACGAGAAGGCUUCCAGGAUUCAGAAGCUGGAGUUGGAGAUCCAGAGGAUAUCUGAGGCAUAUGAGGCCCUCAUGAUGGGCUGCUCCAAGCGGGAAGCCCUCGAGAAGACCAUGCGGAACAAGCUGGAGGCCGAGAUCAAGAGGCUGCAUGACUUCAACCGAGACCUGCGAGACCGUCUGGAAACAGCAAGCAGACAAGCGUCGAAGGAAGUUGAAUCUGCCGAUCAAAACCAGCACGCCAUGGCCAAACUCUUAGAGCAGAAUGAGGAGCAGCGCAGGGAGCGUGAGCGGCUGGAGCGGGAGGUGCAGCGGUUGCGGGGCUCCGAAGAGGAGCAGCGACGGCUGGCCGAGGCCCUGGAGCAGGCACUGGGCUCGGCACAGGCCCGUGGACGGCGGCUGGAGGAAGAGCUGCGGCGCAAGUGUGCCUACGUGGAGAAGGUGGAGCGGCUGCAGCAUGCGCUGGCGCAGCUGCAGGCCGCCUGCGAGAAGCGCGAGACGCUGGAGCGCAAGCUGCGCACACGGCUGGAACAGGAGCUGAAGGCGCUCCGCGGGCAGCAGCGGCAGUCCCAGGGACAAGCUGGCAGCACCGCAUCAGAGCUCAGCGCCUCCUAUCUGGAGGAGCGGCUGCGUGAGAAGGAGGAGCGGAUCCUGGCACUGGAGGCCGACAUGACCAAGUGGGAGCAGAAGUACCUAGAGGAGAGCACUAUGCGGCAGUUCGCCAUGGAUGCCGCUGCGACUGCGGCUGCGCAGAGGGACACGACCAUCAUCAACCACUCGCCCCGCCACUCGCCUAAUAGCAGCUUCAAUGAGGACCUGCCAGCGGCCAAUCACCGCAUCAGGGAAAUGGAGAACCGAAUCCGCGCUCUCUAUGCACACAUCCUGGAGAAGGACGCUGUCAUCAACGUGCUCCAGCAGCGAUCGCGCCGUGACCCGGGCAUGCGGCCCGCCCGCUCCGUGCCCUCCAUCGCCGGCCUCGUCCCGUCGGCCGCCAGUGACGGCCCAGCGAAAGGGAAGAGCCUCUCGGAUGACCAGACAGCUGCCACGUCUUCCUGUCUGGCCACCCCGCCCCGCCCUGCCAGCCGCGACUGCGCCACUCAGGCUGACGAUCUCCCGCCCGAGUCUCCGGUUACAGACGAGCCACCCACCCGCACAGAGUCCGGUGCCGCCCUCGCAGCCGAAAACCCCGAACCUGAGCGGGCACCUGGCAUGGCGUUCGUGAAUCAGAGCAUCUUGGGACGGGGAGCGGUGGAGAUUUUUAUAUGAAGAUUCUGACAGUGACACCCCUGGAAAGACACCCCCCCCCCCCCCAAACUUCUCCACCCAAUCUGACUCUAUGCAAUGCAAAGACGAUUCUGCCUGAACAAAUGGCUUUAGAGACAGAAUGGAUGUGGCCACAGCAGGCCUGCACCCCGCUGGGAGAGGAACGCGCUUCGGCGUAGCACGACCCGGAAUGGCGGACUACGGACUGGCACGCAGGAGCGCGAAGGGAGCUGGGCUCUCUGAGCAUCACCCUGCCGUGACAGAAGGACAGACAGCCUUUUUAAUAAAGACCUGCCUUGUGCAAGAGAUGCUGUGAAUCCUUUAGGUACUUGUACAGUAUUUCACUUGCAAAUGGCAGCUAUUGGACAGUGAGGGAGUGUGUGAGCCUGUAUGCGUGUGUCACACACACUUGUGUUGUGUUUAUAUAUAUUUAUGCUGCUGCUUAGGGUGUGUGUGAGGCGUGAUGUUGGUUUUGGUCUUAAAGAGAGAACGGAAUACAGAGAUUAUUUUCUUUUUUUUUUCUUCACAUCCUUCCUGAUGUAUUAUUUCCCUUGUAUCUGGGAAGAAGUUCUGAUGUUUUUUUUAGGAACUCCCCCCCCCAUGUCCAGAUAUGUGACUGAAAUACCCCUCCCAUCAUCAAAUAGUCGUUCACCAUCCUUCCAAACACUUUGCUCCCAUGUCCUUUAAAAACCCGAGUCCCCACCGAGAUCGACAGACCAGUGAUUUGAUUUAUAGGGAUUCAAUUAACCGAUUAACCAUUGACGUUCCAUGACUUUUAUUUUGUUAAAUAUGGUCUCCUAUUGCCCUGCUCCCGCCUUACUCACCUUCAGCCAAUCGCAGAGCAGGAUUUGUUGGGAUAGGGCAUUGGAAGGGGAAAGGUCAGUGUUUUGGCGGGAAAAGAGGGAAGGUAGCAAACAGGACACGAAUACUGGAUCCUCCCUCAUGUUUCUGUCAACGAAUGUAGCAGAGCUACAAAAAUGUUAUAAAGUUGUGAUGUUUGAGAUCAGGGGAGGAUUGGUGCGAAUAGGCUAAUCUAUUUAUUGUUUUAAGAUACCGUCAAGAUCUCACUCUGGGAGAGGAGUGCAGGCCUUUCACGGUAUCCGAUUUCUCCAACGCCUCUUUAGGGGUGCUUAUCACUCGGUGUCAGGGAGGUUGCUGCCCGACAUGCCAGUCUUUCCGCAUUCCUUCCCUGGGGAAUGCCGCUGGUGCAAGGAAAAAGGCUAUCUGUGGCCUGCCCCCCCCCCCCCCCAUCUCACCCCUUAAAAUGGUAAGCAACUCACUCCCAUUCUGUGUCUAUUUAUUUCCCGCAGAGACCGGCUCUGUCCACAACCUUUAGCUCUUGCAUUUAGUGACUUUGAGACACGUUCUGAUUUGUUUUGGUGAAAAUGUGACUGGGUGCCUCACACGUCUGGCACGAGUGUGUGUGUGUGUGUGUGUGUGUGUGGGGGGGGGGGGUUGUUCAGAGAAACGACCACGCUGAGAUUUGUCAGCUGCGGCCACUUUCUGUGAAAGUCACUCCUGAGCGCCAGUCGCUCGCCCCUAGGAGGGACGUCGCUCGCCCCUAGGAGGGACGUCGCUCGCCCCUAGGAGGGACGUCGCUCGCCCCUAGGAGGGAUGUCGCAUUGCUAUUGGCCUCUUUCAACUGGAAGGGACUGAAAAUUUCGAAAGUUCUCUUUUGACAGCAUGGCUUCCUGUAUGCUGGUUUCCUGUCUGCUUUUUUAAAAAGUAUAUUUCCCCUUUCUCUGCAUCUGCUGGCUAGUGCAUUGUGGGGGAAGAACACUUUUGUCUUGCUUAUGUUUGUAAUUUUUUUUUUUCGGGUCUUGUUUACAGAAGUGUCUGUUUUCACCUGAGAUGACAUAAUAUAUUUUAUAUGGAUAAUUGUCUUGUGUAAGUAUUAUGUGCCAUAAACACGACGAUGCCAAAAAUCUGCAUUUUGAUUAACUUAAUAACCGAGCGCAGGGUGACCCCUGACCUUACUCCAUGUUACAUUCUCAUACUCGGACAGCGCUGUGGGCUGCUAAAAUGCAGGAGCUUCGCGUAAAUACCAGAAACAUUUCAGUAAUGCAACAAAAAAACUAUAAAUAAAUAUAUAUUGAAAGUGAA